GAUUUAGAUAGAUCAUAUCAGUUAGAUGGGGUGAGUGGUGGCGACUGUUGUCUCGACGGCAAGAACAAAGCUCCUCGAAUUGGAGAAAAACAUCUCCUUUUCUUAUUCUAACCCUCUGUCUCGGUUCGGAAGCGAAAUGGACACACAUUGUCGUAAAGUGCCUUCUCUGUUCUCCGAGCAUUUCUGAUUUUAUCUCUUAAUCACGGUUCCAGAGUGAAAAAUCGAGCCUUUCUAGGGUUUUGCGCUGUUCCAGCUUUCAGGAUUGAAAGAAGUGUCUUGUUUCAGACAAUAUCCAACUUUGUUAACUGGCAAAACAGUAUCUUUAACUGUUUGUAAAGGGUAUGGACAAAAUCAGCAGACUCUCUGAUGACUUGCUGGUUAAGAUACUAUCCUUCGUUCCGACAAGAGUAGCCGUAUCCACCAGCGUUCUGUCUAAGCGAUGGAAGUCUCUCUGGAUGUGGGUGCCUACCCUCGAAUACGACGAUAUGGAAGACAUCACCGACAACUAUCUCUCAAAGUCAACCCCUUCGUUCCCGAGGUAUCGAGUCUCCGUCCACGAGAACCUCCUUUCGCACAGAGCUCCCACCAUAGAAACCCUCCUCCUCAAGUUCUGUCUCGGAUCGCUUCAGCCCGAGGAUAUCAAACAAUGGGUCACCAUCGCUGUCUCUCGCUGCGUGCGAGCGCUGAGCAUCACCUGUCUCUCCGACUCCGAGCCCGUCAGUGCCUUGCCGAGUAGCUUGUACACCUGCGAAACCCUAGCGGCUCUGAAACUCGACGGAGACAGGAUCCUCGUCGAUGUUCCUCCGACGGCUUCUCGUCUCCCUUCCUUGACGACGUUGCAGCUCUUAUGCGUGACGUACUCCGACGAAGAUUCUCUCCGGUUGUUUCUAUCGUACUGCCCUGUUCUGGAAGAUCUGGUGAUCGAACGAGAUAGCGCGGACGACAAUGUCAAAGGGUUGGUUGUUGUUGUCCCGUCAUUGCUGAGGUUUUCCUUGAAGGUAGACGGUGGAUGUUCUUAUGAUGAUGAGUCUGUGAUAGAUACUCCUUCUUUGGUGUAUUUCAAAGUUGAGGAUUACAGAGAUAGAGACAGUAACUCCUAUUCGAUUAAGGAUAUGCCUAAACUGGAAGAGGCGGAUAUCGCCGUUAAGUAUGAGCUCCACGUGUUUCUCGAAUCAGUCACAUCUGUCAAAAGUCUUUCAAUAAAAGUAUUGUUCAACAAUGAAGAAGAGUCUAUGUACUGUUCUUGUAUUGUCUUCAAUCAGCUCCAACGCCUGAAGCUAAGUAUAUGCAAUGACGAUUGGUCAAAGUUACUUUUCCGGUUGCUCAAAGAUUCUCCUAAACUGCGAGUCCUCAAUCUCGACUGUGCUUCUCGGUACCGACGCUUUGACGAGUACGAUCGGAUUAGCCGGGACAGUGAAUGGAGCGUGAUUCCGAACUGUCUGUUGAAGACUCUUGAAACUUUCGAGUUUAAAGGGUGCAUGGGAAGACCAGAACAGAGAGAUUUCUUGUGUUUUUUCUUUAAGAAUGCUCGUUGCCUCAAAUCUACAUCAAUCUUGCGCUAAUCUUGUGAUGUUCCACAACAGAGUAUGGAUCUUAGAUCUGUUUUGUUGUUUUUGUUAUUUUCACUAUGGAUGUCAGGUUUGUAUUGGAGUAUGGAUGUUAGGUUUGUUUUGUUGUCAAGGAAUUAGUAAAAUUUGUAGUGUGACUUGCGACUCAAGCCAUGUAUUAGAGAACAUACCCAACUCAGGUUGGGUUUCUUUCAUUUAAAUGAAUUUUAUUUCCUCUGUUUCUAA